AUGGAGGAAGACUUACCAGAAAACAUUGUUGAAAAUGAGAGCGAUAUUGAAGAUAUAGAUAGUAGUGACAAUAUGUAUCAUACUGAUCAUUUUGAUAAUGACGAGCAAAAUUCGACUCAACAAUUUAGUAAUAACUCUGUAUUUCCAGAGAUAAUAGAUAUAGAUGAUGAAGAUAUUUUGUGUGAUAAUGAUAUUAAUUUUAUGAAUAAUGAUAGGCAAAAAAAUGAAUUGUCUGAUCCUGAAAAUGAAGUAAGAAAUAUUGAUAAAAAUAUAGACAAAGAGGGCAGUCACAAAAUAAUGCAACAAUCUAUUUUUGAUGGUCAACAAACACGAUUUGACG